AUGGGCUUUGCCGAAGAGGAAGUGUACAACUACAUUAUGAAAAACCUCAAGAAUUUCAGGAACAUCCGUGUGGCGUCGCUGACCGAUUCCCUGAGCUGCCUCACUGAUGCUGACAGAGAUGAGCUCCAUGCCCGGGAGGAAGCACGGGGUAGCCAGGCCACUGUCUACAGGUUGUAUCAGUACCUGAAGUGCCGGCAGGGCUGGGUGAGGGACCUCAUCGAGGCGCUGCGCCAGAACAACGCCGGGGACCUGGCCAACGAGCUGCAGCACGUGUACGACUCCUGGCAACCCCGUCCCCCUGCUCCCACCGCUGCCUCGUCCCCUCCUGCAGCCAGCAAUGCCCGUCCCACUGUCACCUCCACCGCAGCCCAGACAUUGUCUCCAGCUCCCAACCCUGCUCCAGGUGCCCCGUUGGCUGAGCAGCCACACCGAGACCUGCCCGGUGCUGCCACCACCACAAGCAUGGACCUGGAUGCCAGGACCCCAGUGCAGGAAUCACUCCCCAAAAUCCUGAAGCAAGAGACAUCCCGGCCACCUCUGCCUGGGAGCACAGCCCAUGAUGGAGCGAGCACUGGGCACGGUGCCGAGGGACAUCUCUCACUCCCCAUCAAGGCCAUGCAGCACCCGGUGUGUGUGGACAACGGGUGCUUUGGGAAUGCCAACCACCUGCAUCGUGGUGCACCAGGCUUGGGCCUGGCCACGUCUCAUCCUCCACGGGAUGCAGGGGCUGCUCACAGCCCUGGGCAGCCCAGGAACGAGCCCCAGGAGGACUUGUACAUCUCCACUGAGUCACCCCCGAUGCUGGAGGAGGCUGCUCGCAGUGGGGGGAUGCAGCCCCUGAACUCACUGCCCCAAAACCAGGCUGUGUCCAUCUCUGAGCAUGGCGAGCACCUGGGGAGCUUCGUGGACGUGCGCAGCCCCCUCCUCAUACAGCAGCAGUUUGAUGCGGAGCAGAAGCUGGUCAGGAUGCUGGGAGAGCACGCAGGAAAGGGAGACACUUGGAUGGGAACAGCUACUGUAGUCACCAACUCUGUGCCCAGAGACACUUCCCCAUUGUGUGACACCUCCUUGAAGCCUCCUGGACAAGAGAAGAAAGUGCCCAUGGGGGUGACAGCCACCAGCACCCCUUCCAUGCCACUGGAGGAACACGUGCCCCUGGCCUCAGUGGACCCACUCCUGGGCACAACUGCUGCAGGAAGCAUGUCUGGGAGGACAUCCCGCCGGUUUAGUUCUGCCACCACCAUCUGGGCAUUCAGCAGCGUGGAGGGGGACAUGGAGCCCAGCAAGCCAGGUGUCCUCCUCUCCAUGCCUGGGGACACCCAAGAGGCAGGUGGCAGAUGCCCCAGUGGCCCCUAUUCCAGCGUAUCCAACAGCCUCACCUUCAGGAAUGACCCUCUCUUGGUGAGCGCGGAAAGCUCCAGCUCGGGAGAAGCACUUCCCAGUGCCUCCUUGGGAUGCCCAACAUCAGACGCUGGGGAAGAGGCAUCGUCUGGAGCAAGCAGAGAUCCUCAUCCACUUCCAAGCUGGAGCAGCACCCAUGAGGUCCACAUGGAGCAUCACCCCAGUGUCCAGCUUGAGGCUGGCAACGACCUCCAGGACAGAGCCAAUCCCACUGGAACCUCGGGUUUUGACUCUGUGACCAGAUUGUCUCAGGGCAGUGUCCCCUCAGAGGACAGCAGUGGGCCAUCCCGGUCAUACCUCAUCCCGACUGUGGGCAUCGCUGUGAUUUCAGUGGUGGCAUUUCUGGUGUGCACUCGAUGGCAGAAAUGA